AUAGUGUUUGUGUAAUGAAAUACUAUAUUUGAGGUUUUCAAAUAGCAAUUUACCGGAGAGAGGCGGAGACGAAAAAUGGAAUACGACGGAGAUCGACAGCCGCCGCCGCUGCACCCCACCGUGGCGCCGAUAUCGUACCUCCUGGGAAGGUGGAGAGGCGAAGGCGAAGGCCAAUUUCCGACCAUCUCCUCCUUCCUCUAUGGCGAAGAGCUUCAAUUCUCCCACUCCGGCAAGCCGGUAAUUGCGUACAGCCAGAAGACAUGGAAGCUGAAUUCGGGAGAGCCAAUGCAUUCCGAGAGCGGUUUCUGGCGGCCGAAGCCCGACGGUACCAUUGAAGUCGUCAUCGCUCAGAGCACUGGCAUCGUCGAGGUUCAGAAAGGGACUUAUAAUGCUGAUGAGCAAGUGAUCAAGCUCCAAAGCCAACUCGUGGGAAACGCUUCUAAGGUGAAGGAGAUAAGCCGGGUCUUUGAAUUGGUGAACGGAAAACUGUCCUACGAGGUUCAAAUGAGCACGAACACAAAUCAUCUCCAACCACACCUCAAAGCUGUGCUCAAUAAGAUUUGAAUAUCGUCAAGUCCAUGCAGGAGAGAGACCUCUCAGCAAUUUGUGUUUAGCUUAUCCAUAUCCAUAGGAGCAAAGCUUUUCACAAUGAACAGACACUUUCUUGAUUCUGUGGAAUCCACAGUUCAAAACAUUAAACAGCUUUUGUAUGGUGUUAUUGGCUUGCUGUAGACUCCGACUUUAUCAGGCAUUUUCCAUUGUCAGUAUGUAAAAUCAUUCUA